AUGUCGUUCGGGGGAGGAUUUGGCGGUGGCUUCGGCCAACAGAAUAAACCUACUGCAUUUGGGGGAGGCUUUGGUAGUACACCUGCGAACAAUACUGGCUCAGUUUUCGGUUCUGGUGCCACCAAUAACACUGGCUUCGGUGCAAAUAACAAUACUGGUGGUGGUAUGUUUGGAGGCGGCGGAACCUCUUCUGGUUUCGGCGGUAACACUGGUAACAGUACUGGUUUCGGAGGAUUUGGCGCAAAACCCGCAACUACAGCUUUUGGGAGUCCAGCCGCAACCACAGGUAGUAAUAUGUUUGGAAGUGGUGCUACGACAGGAACAACUGGUGCAUUUGGUGGUGGAUUCGGAAGCAGUGCUGCACCCACAUCAGGAUUCGGUACUACCAACACUGGAGGUGGGUUAUUUGGGAACAAACCUGGUGGCUUCGGUUCUACUACUACUACGAACACGCCUUCAGCUUUCGGAGGAGGCUCCGGAUUUGGCAGCACUGCAGGAACUGGAUUUGGAGCUGCUGCUUCAAGUACCCAAUGCGAAGGCACCCAGGCUGUCCCUUUCACAGCGUUUGUCGAGAAGGAGCCAAAUUCAUCCAUGCAAAAUGCCUACCAAAGCAUAUCCUUUCAACAACCCUACAAGAACUUCUCCCCGGAGGAGCUUCGAUUGGCCGAUUAUUCCAAGGGUUUGAGAUACAAUCAGAACCAAGGUGGUGCAUUUGGCACGAACACGAAUUUUGGGGGAUUCGGUAGCUCUAACCAAGCUACAACAGGAGGUUUUGGGUCUGCGAACAACGCUACAACAGGUUCAACAAUAUUUGGUGGUGGAGCAACAGGUACAGGUUUCGGUACAAGUCAACCAGCUAGCACAGGGUUUGGAUCGAAUACCGCUACAACCGGCGGUGGACUCUUUGGAGCCGCGAAACCCGCGACCGGUGGGCUAUUUGGUGCUCAACCGCAAGCGCAAACCGGCGGAGGCUUGUUUGGAUCGACUACCAAUAGUGCAACUACCGGAGGAUUUGGCUCGACAAAUACUGGUUUUGGAUCGGCCAAUACCGGCACCGGAGGAGGUGGUCUCUUUGGUAACAAUAGCGCUACGGCGGCAAAGCCUGCCUUCAGCUUCGGCAAUACACAACCAGCAGCCACCACGGGAGGCUUUGGGUCAUCAGGAACUGGAUUUGGAACGGCUAAUACCAAUACUGGAGGAGGUCUCUUUGGAAACACUCAACAGCAGAGCACAACAACUGGAUUUGGUGGCGCAGCUCAGCAACAGCCAGCAUCGACCAAUGCUUUUGGAGGCGGCUUUGGAUCUAACAACACUAAUACUGGUGGAGGUCUUUUCGGAAAUACCCAACAAAAGCCAGCUACUACUGGCCUUUUUGGCGCGCAACCCGCUGCUUCAAACGCUGGAGGACUAUUUGGUUCUCAACCAGCCGCUACAAACAACAGUCCAUUUGGCGGUGCGAAUAACACCAACACAGGAAGCAGCUUGUUUGGUGCCAAACCAGCUACUGCCGGUGGUCUUUUCGGCCAGCCAGCGGCUCAAACAAAUACCGGCACAAACAGCUUAUUUGGUGGUGGUUUCGGUGCUGCGAAUCAAAACAACCAACCCCAGCAAAGCACUGGUCUUUUUGGUGCUAGUCUCGGAAAUAAUAGCAACCAGCAGAAACCUGGCGGCUUGUUUGGCCAGCCUCAGCAGCAAGGAUCAAGCUUGUUUGGGAACUCUGGUACUCAACAACAGUCCAAUUUAUUUGGUUCAUCUACAAUUGGCCAACAGCAGCAACAACAACAACCUGCUCAGUCCCAGGGUUCCAUCUUUGGAACAGGUUCCAUCUUCACCCAAUCACAACAGGGUGGGACGCCACAAUCAUUCAGCACUAGUCUCACUGAUCCUGGAGCUUAUGGCACGAGAUCCAUGUUUGCUGAGAACAACUCUCAGGAAAAUCUCAAGAACCCUGGGCCUCUCGCAACCCCGCUGUCAAGUGCUAACAGGCAAAAGAAGACAGCUGCUCUUCCGUUGUACAAGCUAAAUGCAUCUGGUUCUUCACGAUUCAAUACUCCGAGCAAGUCACUUCGUGGGGGUUUUGACCUUUUCAAGAAUCCAGUCACUCCGGAUCAUCCAGUCGAAUCUCCUAACAAGUCCAUAAUCAAGAAGCAGGUAACUUUCGAGACACCAACACCGUCACCUAGCGCCACUAUUAAUGGCAAUGUUAAUGGUACCACUGAUUUUGAUGUCAAUGGUACCGGUAAUCCCAAUGGAACUUCACCCACUGCCCCACUGCAAUCGGUUACCAACAAUUCCGUGAAAACUCCUUCAGUCACCUCACCCGAGAUGACAGAAGUCAACAAGAACAAGCAACUCACUAUCGUUAAUGAGAAUGGAGCCAAGUCACCUAAGUCUCCCCCCAACUUACCCACCGGCGCAUAUUGGAUGACUCCUACAAGGGAAGAAAUUGAAAAGAUGACUCGCCAAGAACGUCAAAGGGUAUCGGGCUUUACCGUCGGCCGCGAGGGCGUUGGUCAAAUUGACUUUGAUACUAGGGUCAAUCUCGAUGGCAUCAAUCUUGAUGAUAUUUUUAAUAAGAUUGUUAUUCUCGAACCUAGACGCGCGGAAGUUUAUCCAGACGAUCCAUCUAUUCAGAAACCUCAGGCUGGUCAUGGGCUUAAUGUCCCAUCCACCAUUACUCUGUUUAAUUCAUGGCCUCGCAAUGCUUCUAAGAGAGGAAGCGACGAUAUACGCUUGAAGAAGCAUAUCAAAAAACUGCAGACCGUAGAAGAUACCGAGUUCGUGAGUUACGACGCCGAUAAUGGUACCUGGGUAUUCAAAGUUCCGCAUUACACGGUAUAUGGGCUUGAUUAUGACGAUGAGGAAGAUGACGAGGAAGAUGACAUGGAGGUCGAAGAAGAUGAGGGUGAUUUUGGGAAUAGUACUCUCACUGCUCCUCCGGACACGCCAACUCCACAAUCACGUACACCUAAGGCGAAUCCACAAUACUUCAACCAAUCCUUUGCAUCUGAUAUGGAUUUCACACAGACAGAGUCAGACCCUGAGGAUACAUUUGAAUUUAGAAAGAGAAAGGUCCUUCCAGGUGCUUUUGAUGACGAAGAGGUCUAUUCAGAAGAAGAAGUUGAUAAUUCAUUUGUUCAGGACCAGGAGUCUUUUUUAGAUAAUCGCUCCGUGGGUUCACAGUCAGAAAACGGCGUCGAGGAAGCAAUUGACCAAGACGACGUCUAUGAGGACGAUGAAUCUGUCAGUAUCGUGGACCAAGAGAUGGCGGGCUCUUAUCCAGAAACUGGCAAUACCGCGGAGCGAAUGAACGACUCGCAAGACGAAGAUGAUACUAUGGAAUUUGGGACACCUGGUGCAAUUGUGAAAGCUAGGGCAAGAGCACAAAAGCUAGAUACACCAUCCAAGCUCAGAUUUCCAGCCGCAAAUGACUGGGCCGCUACUUUGAGAGCAACUGCCAGUCCAAAAAAGCAGGAUCGUGCUGUUCUAAAAAGCCUCAUUGAUGUUCAUGGAGAUGAGAAGCAGUCUGCCUUGGCACGAACUGAAGUUCCAACAACUAACGAGAACUUUUCGAAGUCGUAUGGUUUUGCAUCGGUCAUGGAUGUUCACAAUGACUUGUUUGGGAAGGUCACGAGCCCUAUCAAGGUUUCGAAUUAUAAGAGAGGUGACAAUUUUGAGAAACCUUUUAAUAAGAAAUCCAAAAUUGGUGAUGAUGAAUCAGAAAUGCCGGAAGAGGACCGGGCGUUCCAUGACUCUGUGAAGCCAAGUUGGGGUCCGGACGGAACCUUAGUCUACGCCGCAUCUGCCGGUUCUAAACCUUUUACUAAAUCGCGUCGAGCUCGUGAGAAGGAUGGUCUACUCACAAUUCAAAAGAGUGGCAUUGCUGAGGCUAGUAACGUUAGAUUCGCUAAGUUUUCUAAUGAGUCUUCAGCGGAUGCACUUAAAAAGCACCAAUCCUUGACGGUCAUCGAGGACUCUGAGGGUGUUCCUUAUGCAACAUUGCCAGACUCAUUUUCCUUCCUAGACUUCUUCGACGAGCAAAAUGCUCGAGAUCCGUCAGUAGUGCAUGAAAAGCUUGUGUGGGAACUAGCCAGCAUUCUUUUUGAUGCUAUUGAGGUUCCGCAAGAACUAAAUCACAUUGAAAACGCGGUUGAGCGCCUUCGUAAAGACAAAUUGUCUGUAUUUUGGCAAAAGUUGGUUGUGCAAGCAUCAGCUCAGCAUGUUGCAAUGGCUAGAUCGAACGAAGAAAAAGCAAUUGCAUCAUUAUCUGGCCACAACAUUCCAGAGGCUUGUGGACAUCUCAUCAAUGGAAAGGACUUCCAUUUAGCUACGCUUAUUGCAAUGAUUGGUGGCAAGGAAAGUCUGAAGAGAGAUAUCCGCGAGCAAUUAUCACAGUGGCGAACCACAAAAGCCCUGUCUGAAUUUAGUCAGCCCGUUCGAGCUCUCUACGAACUUCUUGCUGGUAAUGUUUGUGUCUGUGAUGGCAACAAAGCACCCCAUAUGGAAGAUCGUAUCGAGUCCUUCAUCAUUUCUAAACGCUUCGGGCUUGAUUGGCGACAAGCAUUUGGUAUGAGACUGUGGUAUGCAAUCAAAGUAAAUGAGGAGUUCGAUAGCGCAGUCAAAAUCUUCGACGAAGAAAUGACACAAGACAAGGAGACCUCUCGGCCUCUGGCCUGGUACGUCGAACAGAAGAUUCCUAAGUUAUGGCAAGAUGACCAGCUUAAUGAGCGUGAGGAUCUUCUCUGGGGCCUGUUGAAGUUGUACACCUACGAUGAUGCCGAUCUCGAGGCAAUCCUGCGACCUGAGAAUUCGCAAUUAUCCCCCUUGGAUAUGCGCCUCUCUUGGCAAUUGAGUCGAGCUUUGACUUCCUUUGGUGCCCUAGACUAUCAGGAAGCUGCCGAGGAGAAGAAGGAUCAGACUACCUUGGCUUUCGCUUCUCAGCUCAAUAAUGAAGGCCACUGGCUUGACGCAGUCUUCGUUCUACUUCACUUGUCUUCGACCAACGCUCGAGCAAAAUCUAUUCAAGACCAUCUUGCUCGGCAUGCCGGAAAAAUUGGAUCCGAAGAUAGCCAGAGUUUUGUUACCUUGACACAAAACUACAAAAUCCCUGCAUCAUGGAUAUGGGAGGCAAAGGCCUUGUACACUCGAAGUGUUAGGAAGGAUCCACUAAGUGAAGUUGAAUGUUUGACCAAAGCCGGAAUGUUCGAAGAAGCUCAUCGCACUUUUGCAAAGGAAGUUGCACCCAAGGCACUCAUUGAAUUCGACUACGCUACACUUCGCAAUAUCCUUGCAAGCUUUGAGGGCAAGGAGAAUAGUAUUUCAGAAUGGCAUCUUGGUGGUGAGAUCUAUCAAGAUUUCCUUACUUUGGUCGAAUGUCAAAAGAAGAACCAAGAACUCGAUUUUGCUGUAUUGGAAAGAUUGUUGGUUGGAUUACCGGCUGUAGUGGAAGAAUCGCGCCACCCCGCCUUUAUGGAGACGGUGGCAAUCGAAACGAUUAGUGGAGUAGUGGCGAAGGCCGUGGUGGAUAUGGAGAAGAAGGGCGAGAAUGUGGACUUACCGAAGGUUUUGAGAUUACCCCUCACGGAGGAUAGAUACUUGAAGCAUACAAUUGAUUUGAGUUUGGGAUACUACAGGAGUGUAAUGGCGGGUGGGAGAUGA